AUGAGUGUGUCGCCUGAAGAAUUAGUCCCUGCUCCAGGACAAUGGCCUGUGGAUCCUCAGGAUGAUGUACCUAUACGGGAAGAUCGUAUCUGGGUAGAUGGGUGUUUUGACUUUAGCCAUCAUGGACACGCCGGUGCUAUGCUUCAAGCCCGUAGACUGGGUAAUGAACUUUAUGUUGGGGUACACUCGGACGAAGCAAUUCUUGAGAACAAGGGCCCGACGGUAAUGACAUUAGAGGAACGGGUAGCUGCCGUGGAAGCAUGCCGUUGGGCCACUCGUUGUAUUCCACGAGCACCUUACGUGACUUCUCUGUCAUGGGUGUCACACUAUGGGUGCAAAUAUGUAGUUCAUGGCGAUGAUAUCACAUCUGACAGCAACGGAGAAGAUUGCUAUCGAUUUGUCAAGGCAGCUGGGCGCUUUCGGGUCGUGAAGAGAACUCCUGGCAUUUCCACCACCGAUCUUGUCGGCCGUAUGCUCCUAUGCACUAAAGGGCACUACAUAAAGAGCCUUAAAGACACCCUUGCGGGAGUAGAGGGAUCCGGCAAUCAGGAAGAAAGGAAACAAUCCGGCGUGGAGCUAAUGCAAAGGAUUCGGGACUAUGCAACAGAUGAGAGUGGUUUGCGCCCAGGUCCUCAUGUUUGGACUUGGACCGGUUCGAAACCGGCGAAGGUUAGCGACACGGUUGAGGAAGCUGGUACAUUCGAAACUCUGGUGAAUGGCAAAACAAUCAAGCCAGGUCAGCGGGUAGUCUAUGUGGAUGGCGGCUUCGAUCUUUUCUCGUCGGGUCACAUCGAGUUUCUUCGAAAGGUUCUAGAGCUUGAGGAGUUGGAAGGCCGCCAACGAGGGUGGUAUGACUCGGAACAAGUCGAGAAGAGACUUCACGACUUCGGUGAAGAUUAUCCCCCGGCUUACGUCGUUGCCGGCAUUCAUGAUGAUGAAGUGAUCAAUCACUGGAAGGGAUUCAACUAUCCUAUCAUGAACAUUUUUGAGCGGGGGCUUUGUGUCCUUCAAUGCCGAUAUAUUCAUGCUGUCAUUUUCUCCGCGCCCUUCUCUCCUAGCCAGCCGUAUUUGAAAACCAUGCCAUUCGGUGUCCCGGAUGCUGUUUACCAUGGGCCAACAACCUUCAUUCCACUGACAUACGACCCUUACGCUGCUCCCAAAAGAAUGGGCAUAUUUAGGCAGAUAAGCGAUCAUCCUUUUCAGCAUGUGAAUGCUGGUGAGAUUGUUGAUAGGAUACUCAAGAGCCGUGAGGCUUAUGAAGAGCGACAACGCGCCAAGCUACAGAAGGGCAUUGUCGAAGAGCUGGUUAGAUCAGAAGAAAAGGGUCUGGGUAGGGAACGUGGUGCACAGUGA